CUCCGGACCAGGAGGCAAAGGGCAGGGAGCCGGGCUCAGUUGACUGCCUGGCACCAAGCAGCACCAGCUGGAGACAAGCCGCGCUGAGCUUCUAGAAGCAUCUCCAGGUGACACCAGGGGACUGAAGACACUCCCACCGGGGACUCGACAGGAAUAAUGGGAAACCAAAUGAGUGUUCCACAAAGAGUCGAAGACCAAGAGAAUGAAUCAGAGAUAGACACUAACAAGGCGGCGUCUGAGAGUAGAUGCGCACAAAACGGGGUGCCGGUGAUCAUAUCAACCUGCGACAUUCCUUGCUAUGAUGAAGUUGAUUUGGGAAUAAGUGUCAAGGAGGAUAAUGCGGUCACUUCUUCCCCCGAGACAAUGGAGAUGAGCGCUGUUGCGGAUGCCAACGGAAAGAAUCUUGGGAACGAGGCCAAAGCCGGGGCGCCAGCUGCUAAAUCUCGUUUUUUCUUGACACUCGCUCGGCCUGUACCAGGACGUGCUGGAGACCAAGCCACGGAUGCAUCCACUGGGUCAGUGAAGCUUGAUGUCAGCUCCAAUAAAGCUCUAGGGAACAAAGAACCAAGUGAGAGCGUGACUCUCCCGGGGGCAGCUGCACGGGGGCACGACCCAGAUAAAACCCCGGGGCAGAGCCCAGCCGGGGCCGAAGGCGUCUCUGCCACUUGGGGACCAGCGCCCGUCUCACCUGAGUCAGGGGGAGCAGCCCCCGCCAAGCCUAAGGACUCCGGCUUUUUUGACAAACUCUUCAAACUGGACAAGGGACGGGAAAAGGCACCAGUGGACAGCCAACAGGAAGCCAAGAGCGCGGAGCGUCAGGACCAGGCCGAGGAAGUCCCUGGAUUGUCAAGGCCGCCCGAUGAUGUCCCUGCAGAGAGGGACAUAGUUGACAGCAAGGGGAAGGAAGGACAAGAGAUCCCGACUGUGAGGUGCUCUGUCCCUGGGGACCCAGAGGAACUGGACGUUGCAAAGGAGGACCCCCAGGCAACAGAUACAACAGAGAAUCGUAAUUCCAUCAUGAGCUUCUUUAAAACUCUGGUUUCACCUAACAAAGCUGAAACAAAAAAAGAUCCGGAAGAUACGGCAUCCAAAGCAGAAAGUGUCUGUGAUGGACAAGCUGGGCAGAAGAUCUGUGAGAUCCAAGCUAAAGCCACCAAGAAAAAGCCCCUGCAUAGCCCCAGGCUAGGAUUCGCCUUUAGGAAAUUCUUUAGGCAUAAGGGUGCUGAAAAGCCACCUGUCCCGUCACCUGACGUCCAGUCAGACAAAGCUAACUUUAUAUCCCAGGAGACCAGAGGGACGGCCAAGAAUCCUACAUCCUCUGAAACAGCGAAGGAAACCCCCAAGGAAAAGGGGGCACCCACCUCUCUGCCUCUGAGCAAACUGUUCUGGAAAAAGUCAGUUAAAGAGGAUUCGGUCCCCGCAGGUGCAGAGGAGAAUGUGGUGUGUGAAUCACCAGUAGAGGUUGUAAAGUCCGAGGAAGUAGAAUCAGCCUUACAAACGGUGGAUCUCAACGAGGAAGGAGAUACCACACCUGAACCCACAGAAGUAAAACUCAAAAGAGAAGACCCCAGACCACCAAGAACCUCCCUGAUGGCGUUUCUCAGACAAAUGUCAGUGAAAGGGGAUGAAGGGAUCACCCACUCAGAAGAAAUAAAUGGGAAAGACUCCAGCUGUCAAACAUCGGACUCCGCGGAGAAGGUCAUCAUGCCCCCGGAGCCGGAGCCGGCAGGGGCGGGCCAGAAGGGCAAGGAGGGUUCCUCCAAAGACAAGAAGGUGGCGGCUGAGGGGAACAGGCAGAAGAGCAACAAGCAGGACGCCAAAGAACCCGCCCAGUGUGCGGAGCCGGCCGUGGUGGAGGUGAACUCACUGCAGAACGGGGACAAGUCCCAGAAGAGACCGGAGAAGCGGCGGCAGUCCCUCGGCGGCUUCUUUAAGGGCCUGGGACCAAAGCGGAUGUUGGACGCCCAAGUGCAGACAGACCCUGUAUCCAUCGGACCAGCUGGUAAAACCAAGUAAACAAAUUACUACAGUUCCCACCAAGUUGUCCUGCACCAAGAUGUCUUCUCCCUACUCCGUUUCCUCCCCCAGCCCACUCCAUGUACAUAGUCUUCUUCUCGUGGCCAUCAAAUGAAAUUCUGCCUACAAAUUAAGCCUGAGCUGUUGUAUAUUGAGGUGUAUUAUUUACGUCUCGGGUCCAAUCUUUUCCGGUGAAUGACCGUAAAGAUGGUUUAGCAGGUUAACCGGUUAGGUCAGAAGAGUUGAAGGUUGCCAAGCAGAGAGCGGAGGGGGCGGAGGAAUGCGUCCUGGCGAAGUUACGAAACGUGGCAGUGGUGAGUAAGUUGCAGAGGGAAUUAAGUUCUGUAGUACAUGCAGGCUCCUCUUCUGAGCUCCAAGAGGAGAGACAAAAAUCCGGUUAAGUUCACAUUUGGAGGAGGGACAACAUGGGCUCUGUGCCGGGAGGUUGCCAACUUCCUGAAAUGGAAUGUGUGGGGAAUGGAAAAGGAAUGAAUACGAGUCGCUUUUCGAAUAAGGUCCUUGAAAGUUAUUGAUGAGAGGGAAAAGAUUGACCGCAGAGGGUUUGAAAUGAUUUGGGAAGACAGCUGCGCUCAGUGAUGAGGACAAGGAUUACAACUUCAGGGAAAAAAAAAAAAAAAAAAAAAAGGCACAAAAUAAAUGCAGUUGCAAGUUUACUUUGCGACACAAGGGGGCACCGAGGUCUCCGUUUUAAUCCUGCGUCCUGUAGCCCUAACAAAGAUUUGGUCUCCGCAUCUUACAUUAUUAAUGCUUCUCAGAUGGCUGAGGGACUUCCUUCAUCUGUUCUGUCUGACACUUAUCUCAAAGUCUGUCUGUAAUUUCCUAAUGUUUCAGGAUGUGCUCCGAUAAAACCCUCCCCAUAACCCCAGUUAAUAAAAAAUUUCCAGAAGAUUAUUCAAAUACCCGAGGUUUUUUUUUUUUAAUACGUGUACAGAGGAGUAAAUAGGACCAUGAGUCUAUUAAAAUGUAAUUCAAAGUAGCAUAUGAUUGAUUGAUAUCAUGUAUACUGUACCUUUCUUUUUCUGAUUUAAUAAAAAAAAUACAUUUACAUCUAAA